AUGGAUCAGAGGAUAAUUACGUUGACUAGCCUUAUUCCAACAAUAAGCUUGGACAAUUACUUGGAAAUUAGCAUCACACGAAAGUUCAAGCAUUUAGGUGUGUUAUCAAAGAGUGGUGUACUCUCUGUUUACUUAAUUUCUCGAAAAAUUGACUGUGCACAGAGACGGAUUUGGCGAAGUUCAAAUGAAGUCAACAGUUUUACAUUUUCUGAUGAUGGAAACCAGAUGGCAGUUGUUUACAAACAACACUCUUGUGAAGUAUUUCAAAUUAAUGAGAGUAAUUUGGAACUGUUAUUUGCUGUUGCAUCAGAUGUCUUUUGUGGAUUGCUCUCAUCCUGGGAUCUUGAUAAAGAAGAAAUAAAAGAUAUAUCUGUGCUGUCAUGUGUGAAACAUGAUAUAGUGUUAUGUGUUGACAAGAGAUACCUUCUGUACCUAACUUGGAGAUAUCCAGAAGUUUUAAAUUUAGACAAGAAAGUUCACAUACCAUCCUGCAUAUAUGUUACACAGAGUCGAGAUUACAUCUUUAUUCUUACGGUUGGAGGAAACAUAUCAUUUUACUCAAUUGAAAAUGGUCAAAAUGUUGGUACUUUCAACAUUUAUGCUGUGGUGUCCAGCAACAGUGAAGAAUCGUAUCACUUUACUGCAAUUAGUGUGACUGGAGAUGGAAGAAAAAUUGCAGUUGCUGAUGAGAAGAGCAAUGUUUUCAUAUUAAAUGCUGAAAGUUUUUUCAGGAUCAGGAGUUAUCAGGAAGAAACAUGGGAUAGCAGUUCUAGUACCAUGUCCAUGUAUUCAGGAUCUUCUUCUAUUUCCAAGUCAUCAGCUAGUCUCCAGAAAUCAACCAUAAAGAGCGAUGAUUCGGUAUCACUGAAUGUUCCUCAGGUUACAAGAAAGGAUAAAAUUUUCUCGUAUAAAACAACAUGGAAGACUUACCUUAAUUCACUGGCAAUGAAAGAAAGUAAUUCACAAGAGACUGCGAAUAUGGCAUCAUGUUUAUCUACAAAGCAGAGGACAAAUGUAUGUGCAGUAAAACUGGUGAACCUAUGUAAUACGUAUCAGAACUCAUAUAUUAAGUCUUUCUACCUUAGUGAUGGUGGACUUAGAGUAUGGUUAAUGGAUUCUGAGUCAUAUCUAGGUGGUAUGUUCAGGAUAUAUGACAGCACUUCUGGUGUUUGUAUCGCUGAAGUUGAGGUUCCUGAUGAUGCAGUUGUGGUAGCUGGAGGCUUUAUGGACCACAUCGAUGCCAUUCUAUCUACAAACAAGUUAUCAAUGUUCCUUGGAAACAUUUCACGGGAUGCUUUCAUAAAUAAGAUAAUGCAGUGUAUGGACACUGAAACAGUCAGUCAGCUGUUACAGGGUGAAGAAUGGAAAGACUUGACUGUGCCAUUAUCUGCACUGUCUGAAAGUUUGAAACAACAUCAGAUGGAUGUUGCUCGUUUAUCAUUUGGUUUGCACUCACAAGCCUUCAAGAAUACAUUCCAUGAAAGUCCAUCAGAUGAAAACUUCUUGAAAAUACUGAGCAAUGCAACAAAAAACAUGAAUGAUUUAUUUCAUGUUGUUGAAUGUGCUGUCAAGGAAAACUUAAGAAAUGUAGCUUUUACUUCUAACUUAAUUUUGCUGUCUUUGAACCAUGCAUAUGAAUUGAUACAGUUUUUACACAACAAAAUCUACAGUGAAAGAAGAAACAGUGAAGUCUCAGAUUUCAUGGACAAACGUGAAUUAAAACACAUUGUUACAGAAAUAAUGGCACAUGUCAUAAAUUUACGAUCCCAACUUAGCAGAUACCCAAAGGAGCAAAACACUACUGUGAAUGGUUACCAACCACUUGACAGUUUGCCAGAAGAUUCAAAGCUAUUGUGGAGCUCGUGGACCUCUAUGGAUGACGAAAAUAUUGUACUUGAUUCGGUUUCUAAAAAUUCUGUACCUCUGGCCCAGACAUACUUGAUUAAAGAGCGUAACUGGAAACCACAAGGGAUAAUGACUACUAUGAGGAACAUAGUUAAUAAAAGAAUUCAUGAACUCUUAAGAGACAAAGACAUUGCACAGUCAAGAAUGCUUCUGACUAAUGUGGGCUAUAAUUCUGAAGAAGAGCUGAGAAAUAUAUUUAGAAAAUCAAGUGAGAGAAAAAUACGUGAUAAUGUUGCAAAAUACUUGGUUGACCACCACUCCUUGGACCCUCCUGAAAUUGAGGCGUGGAAAUUUAUUUUGCUUUUAGAAGACCAUUUAGAGGCAGUUGAGUUUUCUGGUGCCAGUGAAUUCAUGUACCAGACAACCAGUAAAAAACAGAAACAAAUGCAGAAUAAGGAAUUUUUGGGAACAGAUCAGAAGCUAACAGUGGAUGUUGUUCUUAAACAACCACCUGACUGGAAAUCAUUAGUAUUAACUGAGAUUUUCUUUAAUGUUCCAGGUUCGCAUUUACAAGCCCUUCUAAAUCCAGACGUUACUUGGAAAUAUUUACUACGUAACAACAGAGAUGAUAUUUUGAUAUGUUGGAUUGAUUCUUAUUAUAACAAUGGUAACCCUCCAGAAGAAUCAUUGGAUUGUUUACACCAAUGGGAAAAUGCUAUGAAAGAUCUUUCAUAUCAAAUGGAGAAAGAUAAUUUGUGUGUUUUGACUUCUGUUGAAGCAGCAAGAAUGUUUGCAUCAAUGGAGAUAUCACAGUCUAUGAUAGACAAUAUAAGAUCUGAAGAUGCAAUGCAGACAACAAAAGAUCUUGUAUUGGACCAUUUGAGCAGGUUUGGAGUCUUCGAUAGUCAUGAAAAAACUAGAAUUUCCAGCAUACUCAGAAGACUUGCCAGGGCAUCAUCAUUACACAGGCUGAAGGAUAUUCUAAAUGCACCAACAGCUAAUAUAAGUCUGCAAAGUCUUCACCAGCUAUUGACAGAGCUCAUACUCAAGCACAAAUUAUACAAUUUGCCAUAUGUGUGCUUGGAAGACAGUAAAUACACGGAAGAACAAAUUCAGGAACUGUGUGAAACAUUUCCUGAUAGUGAAAGUACCGAGUUACAUUGGUUUAAAUUGUGGCUGGCAUUCAGAGAUUUCAAUCCUAAUACUACAGAUGCAGAAUUCAUUUAUAAUCUAAUACUUAAAACCAUACAGUACUUAGGGAAUAACAAUGUAGAAACAUUUUUAAAACAACAUCCACUUGUUGUUAUUGCAUUGAUAAUGUUCAGUGGUGAGAGUCUUUCAGCUGUGUAUGAGCAAGGGGAGCUAGAAAACUCACCUGUAACAAAAGAAAUCUUUCAGUCAACCUUGCAGAAGUUACCUCUUUUAGAAAUGUCUCUGAUGUCUCAAAGAAAAACUGAUGAAGUGCCAGAUAUCACAGUGUAUGAAUUACUGCAGGACUGCACACCAUUUGAUAGCCAGAAAUUUUUUUCUUGGCAGCAGACUGAGGCAGUGGAUCUGCCACAUUUUUCAAUGCCAAAAUUGGUCUCUAAAUAUGGAUACAAAUGUAAAUUGGAUUACUUGUAUUAUUUGAAACAAGGACGGCCAAGUUUUGCUGCAAAUACUUUUUUAGUAGAACAGUUCAAGUGCCACAAGAGGAUAUCAAAAACGAUGAUGAGGCAAGCUUCAAGUUAUGCUCAUGGUGUGGCAUUACAAAAUUUCAGAGACACUUGUAUUACAAGUGCUUGUGUAUCAUUUGUGGAAAUGUUGGGUGCCAACUCAGAAGUUAUGAGAGUACAUAUCACAGCUGCAAAUAAAAUCUUAGAUUAUUUGGUUUCAGAAGAACAAACUUCCACAACAAAUACUGAAUUAUUAGUGGAAAAAGUUGCUUUGCUUAUGCAUGGACUAAUUGUGAAAAAUCCUGAGGCUCCUGUUGAAAUCUUAUCUUUGUUACAAUCUGCAUUGCUGUGUGACUCAGAAAUUCCACAUUCUGACAGUGACUCAGAAAACGUUGUUAUAAAAGCAAUUAUUCAAUGGGAACUUGCUGUAAAAUUUGCAAAAAUCCACAAAAUAAAACUUCCAGAAGGUUUUUUGAAUUGUUGUGCCAAGAAAGAUAUGUGGUUGCCUUUUUUGAUGUUCAUUGAUAUCCAUCAGUAUCCCAUUCCUCAGGUGCUGGAACUGACAAAAAGCUUUAAAUCCAAGACACUGCAAGAACAUUUAGUUCAUGCAGUGGAAAGCAACAUCACAACCAGGUCACAAGAAAGCAUAACAGCAAGGAAAUUGACUCAAGAUUCAAGAAAGCAAUAUUACUCUAAGAUUGGAUUUAAAAAGGGACAGAAAGCCAUCAAUGCUCCCAGUACAAGCACAGACACCUGCAGCAGCUCCAGCGAGGACAUGUACUCUUCACAGACAUCAGCUGAUGGCACACUUGUAAUUAGUGACAGUUACAGUGACAAUUUGCUGUUGGUGCUUCUUCAGUGCCACAAUAGCCCUGAUCCACCAAGAGCACUUCUGUCUUCCUCACUUUUGUUGAGAAACCCUAUUCUUUCAGUCUUUGCAAACUGUUACGAGCCCUCGUCAGUUAUAGAAUGCACGUGUACCUGGCUGCUUUCAUCACUGCCACCAAAAAACGUUUCCACUAUUUCACAAAAGCUUGAAUUGGCUCUUCGACAACAGCUGUGGACCCACCGUGAACUGCAGUUAGUAGUGGAAGAAACUGUUCGAGCUCGUUUCUUACCAACUUUAGAAAGAGGUUUCAAGAUAUUUUUGCCGGAUAAUCCUCUGUGCGCCUUUAGUACCUUCAUGAGGCUCUGUGUGACAAAUCAAGAUUUUGGUGGCAGUUCAGUGACUCUGAAGCUUUUCAAAAAUAUGUGUGUAAACUUGAGGAAAAAGGCAUCCCUCAAAGAUAUUGAUACACCAGAUGAUGCAUUCCUAACAAAUGGUUAUUGGCUGUCAUAUAUAUCUAUUCGCCUGAUUGCUAUUGUCGCUGUUAACUGCUUUACAUCAACAUUCUGUCAGCAGCAAUUUCUACGAACGUUACGUGAUUCUGGAUUUUCAGAUAAUUUACCAGAUGCGCCUGAUUUUCAUUAUUUGCUGGAGGUAGUACAGUGCUUAGCAGAUAGUAAUGUCAGGCCAGAUUUGGAAGUCCUUUGUUCAGUAAAUGUUGAUGACCACAAGCAAGAAAUUCAGCGCUGCAUAAGUGAACUUCUGCAAGAAAACUCACACCAAAAAGCACUAAAUUUGGCAGCAAUUACAGGGAUACCAAAAGAUGACAUUCUCAUUGCUCAGUGUUUGUAUGAUUAUACUGCAUUAAACCAAUCUGAAAAUAUUGAAGAUGUAGAAGAUUUCUGGAAAAAAUGGCACAACAUAUUUUCAGAUGAACAUGUAAAUGCAGCACUAGUCGCAGAGUUCUUUCGCAAAUGUUCGCAAGCUGCAAAAACACUCACAGAGAGAUACUGCAUCCUGCACUUGUCAUUAAUAUGGUACCAGAAAGCGAGACUAAGCAAUGGCAUCUUGGAUCGACAAAUUGAAGAUGAAGUUGAAUUUGAAAUGUGGCUGUGCUGGAUUCAUUUAGAUACAAACUCACAGACAGUCCCUGAGAGUAACGUUACUCAGAAGCUCUGCUAUUUAAAAACACAGUUGCUGGAUUUAUCAGGAGUUGACAAAAUUCAGCAAUCAAAAACUUUAGAAAUAACUGAGGAAAUACUGAAACUUGAUUCUGUUAUAGGAAAAUUGCUAGACCAGGGUGACAUAAUUUCCUGUUGCAGGCUGCAGAAGUUUUUCAAACAUAAAAAUCAGGACUUGCAACUUAUUCUAAUGUGCAUGGAUUUAGCUGAAGGUCAGUUAACACCAUAUCAGCUUCCAACAGAAUAUAGGGCUUUGUUGAAUCCAGAGCAACCUAGAAACAUAACAGGAGGAUACAAGAAAAAAUCAGUGAGGUCAAAACGACUUUCUUCUAUGUCAUCAGCCUCAUAUAGUCUUCUUAACUACAGCAUAAGUACUGACCAAGCAGAUGAUUCACAGAAAGAAUAUCAGGACACACUCUGUCUCCUUGAGAAGCUUGCCGACUGUAUAGAACAUGGGAAACAUCUCGCUUCAAGAAUAAUUGCGUACUAUCGAGUCUCUGUAAAUUUGGGGCUGGCUUAUAAGCAUGUAAUUAGUUUUGAAGAUCCACUAUCACUAAUCAGAACCGCUGUUGAAAAUGACACUAUAAAUAAAUUAGUAGUUGUGAAUGAUCUUGUGUGUUGUGCUGGAUCUACUGAUGAAGAAGUAGCGGAGCUUUUGUGUUCAGAAAUUGUGGCAGCCAUCACUAGGCAGCAUUUGCAAGGUGGUAACCAAAAUCCAGAUAUAGUUCGAUUAUGGGGCUAUGAUUUAGAUGCAAAUUUCCAUAUGAUAUUGGAACUUUGUGAAAAUCCAUCAUUGUUGGGAUCACAGCUGUUGGAAGUUUCAAAUAGAUUUGGAUCUAGUCAAGGGGAAACUGCAUAUAAAGUGCACAAAGUCAUCAUUGAGUUAGUGAUUCGAGCGCAUGAUUGUUUUACUGCUGCUUGUGAUAUGGAAGGAAUAGCGUCUGUGCUCAGAAAGUCUCGUAUACUUACAACAAGUCUGUUGAAGAAGGAAGAAUGGGGACUGAUGGUCCGUUUACUUACUGGUGUUGGUCGGUAUAUGGAAAUGACUUACAUUUUCCAGAUACUGAAAGAAAAUGCACAUUUUGAACUUCUGCUUGGAAAAGGACUUGACAAGGUCCGUGGUUUAAAGGUGGCCCUACUGGACUUCUUGCGACAGUUCUGUCCUCAAGAUAAGGAUCUCUUCCGCCUGGUUGUUCUUCAUUUUAGUAUGUUUGGAGAUGCUGCAAAUUUGUGGGAAGCUGAUGCUGAUGAAGCCAUAAGUAGUGCACUGACCUCAGUGGAUGAGAACAGACAAUUACCUAAUACAAGUGAUGUUAAACAGUUGCUUCAGAAAGCUGUAAUUAAUUACAGUGAUGCAGCACGGUAUUACUUGAAGGCUAACAAACUCAUAAAAGCUAUGGCAAUAGCUCAUAAAGCAGAGCUAGUUGCUCUCCAAAUAUCUUUACUGAAUUCUGUGCCUGCCGGCCAGUUGGUGAAUUUAUUGAUUAACUUGACUGCAGCAGAAGUUUCUGAUGUGAUAGUUAACAAAUUGAGCUUCCCACAAGCUUGCAUUUUAGCCCGGGCUUACAACCAUCCAACUGACUGGGGAGCAGUGCUGUACCAGCAUUGCAUUGUCAACAGAGAGGCAACGUAUUUGUCAGAAUUUACCCACAGCAUGACACUCACAACUGCUCAUGUAGAGGAUAUAGCUAGACGAUUCCAGAUGGAGCCAAAUGUGACGCAGGACAUGGCACAAGAAAUGAAAAAAUUCAUUUUACGUGCUCCUAGUGUUGAAGUCAGAUAUCGAAUUGCCAGUCAGCUGGGAUUCAAAGACAUUAUUCAGAGUCUUCUUAAUGGGCCUGAGGUAGCAUAUCUGAAAGACACUAUAUGGAGAAAAGGUUUUAGAAGACAUAACGUUCUAUAAGAUUAGAAAGAAUUUGGUGAUCAAUUAUUGUGCAUGUCACAGACUUCCUGUUGCCAGGAUAAGAUAUUACCAUUACUGACCCAUAUUAUUUUAUAAAUUAUUUAUUCUUUAUUUAAUGUGACACAGAAAGUCAUUUACCUAGAGAAAUAACUAGUCAUCUCUCACCUAACAUAGUGACAUUUGUGCUAGAUAUGUAAUUUCCUGUUUACAGUAUUCAUAAUUGGGUCUGCAGGAUAAACUGUGCCCUCAUACUUGAUUUUCAAUUCUGCUAAUACCAAACGCAAGAGUUUUUGUUUACUUUAAACAGUAAAAGCAAUUUAACAUUAUCUGUGGGCAUGUAGACCAAUACCUUUAAGAUGAAAGUUUUAAGUCAUCAGUAUGCACAUAAAAAAGUACAACCAUUCUUGUUCAAAGCAAGGUGUGCUACCAUAAGUUUACAACUUAACAAUGAGUCAGCUAUACUUGCAUGUGUUUCCCAUGUCUUAACACUUCAUUUUUAAAAUGAGCAGAGGUCUCUUCUCUCAAGAAAUGUUUCCUAUUAGAACAAUAUUAUGAAAAGGAUAGCUGCUACUCAUCAUGUAGUGGAGAUGCUGAGUCACAGAUAGGCACAAGGAAAAGACUUCGGAGAUGGAUCAUACAAAUACACAUUCACACAAAUGCAACACACACACACAUGACUGCAACCUCUGGCAGCUGAGGCCAUGGCGGCCAGAGACCAUGGCCAUGUGUGUGAGUUGCAUUUUCAUGAAUAUGUUUGUGUAUGUUCUAUCUCCAAUGACGGCCUUGUUGGCCAAAAGCUCAUUUUCUGACAGUCUUUUUGUUUUGUUUAUCUGCGACUCAGCAUCUGUACUAUAAGGUGAGUAGCAAUUAUCCUUUUCAUAAUAUUGUUACAUUCCAACCUGGAUUUUCUUUUAGAACAUUUGCAUUUUAAGGAAAUUAUAUUUCAAAUUACAUGAAGUAAAGCACAUUAUAAAUAUUUGUUACAAUAUUACUUACUCUGACUUUAAUAUCACCCUGGUUUCUUUUUAUGACAAAACAAAUUUGCCAGGUAGUAUGAACAGGACAAGAGAAACACUUGUUUUCCAGAAUGAAUAUAUAGGUAAUUUUAAUAAUAAUUUUAAUGACAGAUAUUUUAGUUUAAAUCUAAAUAUGAGCAUUUUAUAAUACAGUGUUUGUAAUUGACAUUCCAAUAACGUCAUGUAAUUUUAUUUUCUUAUUUCAUGUAAGGCAUCACAUUUUAUAAACAAUACACUGCAAAGUAACCACAUUUGUGUACAAACAUUUUUUACCUGGUGUAAAAGUUUGGUUUGUAUGAUUAGAUACUCAAGUAUGUUAUUUACAUCACUUUAAAAUAUAUGUGUAUGCUACACAAGACAUUUUAACAUUGUUUAACAUUAUGAAGCAGUGAAUACUGUCUACUACUCAUAUGGAAUGCUGUGACAGGCUUUCCACAAAUAAUGAAAAGAAAAGUGAAGGGGUGAAUCAUUCACUCCUAUAUAUUUAAGAAUAGUGGUUUGGUGUGUAUAUGCACCACACCGAAAGAUACUGUUUUGGUUGACUUGAAUGUGACUUCUGCUUAUCCAGUGCAAUAGACUAGAAAGUGAAGGCAGACAUGUUUAUAGUGCUGAAAAUGUUUGUGAGGAUGUUUCAGUACUUUAAUUCAUUGUGCUCAAUGUUAUGUCCCACUUCAUAUUUUAUGUAACCAUAUGAAAAGAUUAAAAAUUGGUAACAUUGUGAAAGUCAUUUCAUCAGCAGCACCCAGAUUUUAAUCAUCAAGCUGUAUGAUAAUUUUGUUAAUUUCUUGGAGUUAUGCAGCAAUACCCUCUUGACAACAGAUGUGGUAUUACAAUUACCAACAGCUCGUGGUUUCUUAUUAUAAGCUUCCAUACUUCAAAUAGUUAGUAAGUUAGGAGAACAAAACUUUAUACGCACAACAGUCAACUAUGCAUGCUGUGCCUUGUGCUAUAUUAUUGUGAUAAAAUGAUAAUUAAGUGCCUUAAUUUCAAAAGUGUCUGAAUAACGACAACAUUGAACAGCAGUAUUGUACUGUAUUCAAAUAUUGUACUGAAAAAUCAAAUAUUCCAUGUUCCUAUUAGUGUUUAGUGAACUAUAAAUAAAUACUUAUGAAUCUCCAAGUAGUUUGUAUGUACUGUUUUAUGCAUUUAUAUUAUUAAGAAAGAUUAUGAGAGUGUUGCAAAAGUUCUAAAACACAUAGACCAAAAAUCUGUAUCUCCAAAAAGCUGUAUUUUAUAAUAAAUAAUUAUAUCUUAUUAUUUGGUAUCAUGACUUUGAAAUUGGUAUAUUCUCAUAUAAGUAAAAUAUGGAA